CAAACGUGCUCCCAGCCCCGAGGUGGUGUUUUUAGGAGAAAGACACUGGUGUAGUUUCGGUGAUUCUGGAGAAACUCGUCUCACGGAAACGGAAACAGAGCUCUUUGGCUUGAGGACAUGACUCGGUGGCCUGGGCCCCCGAGGAAGGCAGAUGCACCUGCGGAGACGUGGUAUUUUUUCCGGUCUCCCAAGAAGCAAUCUUGGCAGUUGGGAGACCCGAAUUGUUGGCGAGGACGAUGGAGGGAAGCCUUUUACUCCUGAAGAAUAUGAAGAAUACAAAAAAAAAGUAUUACCGAUGCGCUUACAAAACAGAUUAUUUGUGAGUUGGCGAUCACCAACUGGAAUGGAUUGUAAACUUGUGGGUCCAGAGACACUGUGUUUUUGUACACAUAGGUACAAACAACAUAAAACUGACUUUGAAGUGAUUCCACAGCAGCGCCCGAUUAGUCUCCCCUGCCGAGUGCCCGGCUGCCAGUGCAGGGCUUACCUGUAUGUCCCUCUCAAUGGUGCGCAGCCCAUUCGCUGUAGGUGCAAGCACUUUGCUGAUCAGCACAGGGCUGCGCCUGGCUUUAUGUGCAAUGCCUGUUCCAAGUGUUCAGGAUUCCAUAGUUGCUUCACUUGUGCUUGUGGUCAGCCUGCAUAUACUCAUGACACGGUCGUGGAAACUAAGCAAGAGAGACUGGCUCAGGGAAAACCAGUUGGACAGGAUGUCCCUUAUGCAGCAAUGGGAGGCUUGACGGGCUUCAGCUCCCUGGCAGAAGGCUACAUGCGAUUAGAUGACAGCGGGAUUGGUGCACCUUCAGUGGAAUUUUUGGACUCUCCAGUUACAUCCAUGGACCACCCAUUUCUAAAAGCAUUUCAAGCCUCAUCUAUUUCUUCUCCGGAAAAACUAACAGAUGUAGGUACAAGUGGUCAAGUUUCUUCCUUAAAGAGACCUGAAGAGGAUGAUAUGGCUUUCUUUGAAAGACGAUACCAAGAAAGGGGUGCUAAGCAGAAAGGAAAAGCACCGUUGCCAUCAAGUACAAAACCUUCAUGAAGACCAUCAAAUUAAAACCAUCGUCCAGAUAGGUCUUGUUUGUGUUUAUUUAAAUGUAAUAAUAGUUUAUUUUCUCCCAAAUUGUUUAUUUCUUUUACCACGUAAAAAUGUCAUUUUGUUGUUUCCUUAAUUUAUUGAAACAAGUAAAAAUACUUUAUAUUACUUCUGUCAAAGUUCAUGAUUUCAUAUCUUGUAUAUACUUUUUAUCUCUCCUAACAAAUGAGCUUAUUUUCAUAUUAGUCAAAACCUGAAAAUACAAUAACUGUUUUUAGUCUGUCAUAAAUUAUCUUUUUAAGGCUAUUUAGAAAAUUAAACAUGUUAUUGAGGGUUUUGACCACUGUUAAUGUAAGUUAAAAUCUUGAUUUUUUUAUUUUUCCAACUUUGUAAUCUUGAUUUAUGUUUUUAAAUAAAAAACUGUAUUUUAAAAUUAUAUAAUUAUUUUCUAGUGGUGUCUACUGACUUUUAAGUUGUUUUGUCAACUGUGGACUGUAUAUAACUGCAUUGACACUUCUGUGUGCCUCUUCAAAUCCUCUUGGCCCCACCUCUCACUCCAUUCCUGUUGUGAAACACUCUGAGGAAGACUCUGACAGCUUCUCAUGGACAAAAGUACAAAUUUCAUUUGAUGGUGUUUCAUCUUGGGAGCAUUCAUGACUCUCUUCCUUUUUUCUCCAGGGAUCCUUUGACACUGUGGCUUGGGAUGCAUUAUAGAUGUAUGAAAGAUAUGGGGGAUGUAAUGAGCUUGGGACCACCCUUGACUAAUGGGCAAAUGCUCUCUUCCAUCUCCUAGGAAGGUAAUUCUGAGAUGCCUUUCAUGAGCUUCUUCAGAAAAUCCUGUGGGAUUGAGUACCGGUCACCCAUAGUAGGGACCAACCCCAUAAUGUAUUCUUAGGUUAGCUUUCUCUACCUUCUCCCUUUCUGAUCCUUCUCUCUGGUUCCCUCAGAUUACUUCUCAAAUAAA